AGUCCCACCUGCCGGCUGCACCGAGUGAUGUUAGGCUGGAAAGAAUCCCACUCGCCUGCCGGGUCCCUCCGAUCCCACACCUGCCAGCGCCGCCCGCCAGGCUGGCUCUGGGAAGUGGCUGGAAGCAGAUGCCAAGGCCAGCGCGUGGGCCCCUGGCCGCCGCCCAGGGGGUGGCGCUCCUCUGAUACCUGCUGUUGAGGCGGCCCAGGCGCUGGUAGCAGUGGCAGCGAGGCCGCGGCCGCUGGCAGCGGUCCCAGCAGAGGAUGCCCGGGGCCCUGGAGCGCCCCGAGGGCUGCUGGGCCUGGGUGGUCCUGCUGGCCUCCGUGGUGGCCCAGGGCCUCACCCUGGGCUUCCCCGCCUGCAUCGGCAUCUUCUUCACUGAGCUGCAGCGCGAGUUCCAGGCCAGCAACAGCGAGACCUCCUGGUUCCCCUCCAUCCUGACGGCCAUGCUCCACGCAGGGGGGCCCCUGUGCAGCAUCCUGGUGGGACGCUUUGGCUGCCGAGCGACCGUGAUGCUGGGGGGCGUGCUGGCCAGCCUGGGCAUGGUGGCCAGCUCCUUCUGCCGCUCCCUCGGCCAGCUCUACCUCGCAGCGGGCUUCUUCACAGGCCUGGGCUUGUGCUUCAGCUUCCAGUCGACCAUCACUGUGCUGGGCUUCUACUUCACCCGCCGGCGGGCACUGGCCAACGCCGUGGCUUCGGUGGGCGUCUCCCUGGGCAUCACCCUCUGGCCGCUGCUGGCCCGCCACCUCCUGGAGGAGCUGGGCUGGAGGGGCACCUUCCUGGUCUUCGGCGGGGUUUUCCUGCACUGCUGCGUCUGCGGGGCCAUCCUGAGGCCCGUGGCCCCCAGUGUGGCCCCCGGCGCGGCCCCCGCGUCCAGAGGAGGCCCUCCCGUGCCCUCCAAAGCCCCCGCGCCCGGCCGCCUGGCAGCGUGCGGCCGGGCCACCCUGCGCUACCUGGCCUUUGACAUCCUGUGGCACAACGCGGGCUACCGUGUGUUCACGCUGGGCGUCACGUGGAUGAUCCUCGGCUUCCCGCUGCCCCAGGUCUUCCUGGUGCCGUUCGCCAUCCGGUACGGGGUGGACGAGCACAAGGCCGCCCUGCUCAUCUCCAUCAUCGGCUUUAGCAACAUCUUCCUGCGGCCCAUGGCCGGGCUGGUGGCCGGCCGCCCGGACGUCGCCCGAUUCCGCAAGUACCUCUUCAGCCUCGCAGUCCUGCUCAACGGGCUCACCAACCUGGUGUGCACCGUGUCGGCCAACUACCGCGUGCUGGUGGGCUACUGCCUGGUGUACAGCGUGUCCAUGAGCGUGGUGGGCGCCCUCUUCUUCCAGGUGCUCAUGGACGUGGUCCCCAUGGACCAGUUCUCCAGGGCCCUGGGCCUCUGCACCAUCCUGGAGAGCAUCUCCAUCCUCCUCUCCCCGCCAAUGGCUGGGUUUGUCCUGGACAGCACCGACAGCAACUUCAGCUACGUGUUCUACAUGUCCAGCUUCUUCACCGUCUCCUCCGCCCUCUUCAUGGGCGGCGGCUUCUGUGCGCUUCAGCGGAAGGAGAGGCAGGGCCGGCCGGCCGGGGCGGGGGCGGCCACCCCGGAGGCGGCCAUCCCGGAGGCGGCCCCGCUGCCCGCCCUCCUCGGGGAGGACCCCGGCAGCUCGGAGAAGCAGCCGUGCACCGAAGAAAUCACGUAUGUGACCAGCGUCUGAGUCCCAGGAUCACAUGUGUGACGGGCAUCUGAGCCCCGAGGUCGGGGAGCGAACACUGCCUCCGCCCGGGAACGGGCGUCCUGCUGUUUCACUGGGCAAAGCCGGACCCAAAGGCCGUCCCGUCCCGUCCAUCCGUCCCGCCCCGCACGUCGGGGCUCAGCCAGGAGCUGGCCUCCGAAGACUCAGGGUUCCUUCCGAGGAGCAGAUUCCAGGAGCUGGUCCUCCUGGCGUUUUUCCUUGGGCACCAGGGGACGUGGGGCCCAGGAAGGUGGGUCUGAGCUCACGGCCGACCGGGCUCAGCUGGCCGCCCACUGCCGCUGCUACAGCUCAGCACGCCGGGCCUUCGGGUCCAGCCUGGAUGCGUCUGAGGUGACCUCUCUGUCCUUCUCCAGCUCCAGACAGUUCCAAAGAGCUUGCCUGUCCCGAGCCCCCCGCCUCCCUUCCUCCUGUGGCCCAGCCCCUGCCCUCGGGGCUGCCCCCAGCACAGGCUGCUGGGCCCCCCGCAGACUGGGACUUGGGAGGAAGGGCCUUGGGGGAGAAUCGGUGGUGGCCUGCAGCCACCGGUGGCCACGCUGCGGAUGAGCCUGCAUCAGGGUUCUGACAGAUUAAAUGUCGGUGGAGCACCUG